ACUUUAUAUGACACUGACAAAUUGUGACUUGCGAGGAAAGGAAAAAUGCAAUUAAUUAUAUUGUAACAAGAAAAUGACUACAGCUUUGCAGCAACAAGUAUUUGCGUUGGAUGCGAGAUACAAUGCUCACAGGGCGCCUCAAAGUCUAAAUUUUAGGACGUUAUAUAUUAGGAGACGUAGUCAGUUACUAAGAGACACUAAACGUUCUGCAGAUGACUGGAAACAAUAUAUUAAACUCCGUUCCGCUCUGCUUCAGCAAAGAUACGGAACUACCAAAGUUGAUUCUUCCUCAUCAAUUAGCAGUUUGAAUAUUAACAAAAGUGUAAUCAAUGAGCGAACUAUUUUUUCCACUACUGGUUGCGUUGUACCCACCAAAGAAGCAGAAGCUUCCCGAGCUAUGGUUGGCGGUACCACAAUGGCAGAAAACUAUGCAUUUGUAGGCGUCGAACACAUAUUUGAUCAGCAUACAAAAGCAGUAACGAUGGUGAAGUUCGCAAAUAAUGACAGAACGAGAUUAUGCUGUUCUUCCUUAGAUGGAAAUCUUUCGGUUUGUGACCUAGCAAACAAUUCUCCUAUAGUCUCGGCAGUUUUGAAGGGGCACAUAAAAGCAGUUACUGGGUUCGAUUGGUCUAUAAACAACGAUUUAAUCGUCAGCGCAUCUCUCGACGGCAGCAUAAGAGUAUGGAAAGUGGCAGAUUUUAAGUGUCUAAGUAUUAUUAAGGAAAACAACGAUGUUCAGAUCCUUUGUUGCGUAUUUCAACCAAUUAAUAACAACUUGAUAUUAGCAGGUAACAACAAAGGUGAACUGAGGAUUGCAAACAUUUCGACCGGAAGGUAUUUAAAAUAUGUUUGUAGAAUCGGGGGAAAUAUUUUAAGUAUUGCGUUCGAUACAAACGGCAAAUUUUUAUGGGCAGGGAACGAUAGGGGCGAGAUCGUUUCGGUGUUUUGCGAACUUAACGAGGCGCUCUGUAAAAUGAAGAAGUUCUCGCUUGCCUCUCAUUGUUCUAUAACGAGUUUAAGCUAUCGUGCUUGGAUAAGCAGAGAGGCAAGGGACCCUUUACUUCUGGUCAACGCCACCGAUAAUUCUAUGUAUUUGUUAAGCAUUACAGAUUGCGAAGGCAGCCUGCAGUUAAAGAGAAAAUUCCAAAACCGGCAUCAGAAGCACAUAGUGAGAUCGACGUUUUGCCCCAUCAUGUCCUUCAGGCAAGGGGCGUGUGUUGUUACAGGAAGUGAAGACGGAAGUAUUUAUUUUGUCGAUAUCGAAAAAAUGGGGAACAGAUCCGUGGUGAAUACCCUGCAAGGGCAUUCGAGUUCUGUGUUAAGUAUCAGCUUCAAUUACGACGAAUCGUUCCUCGCCACGAGCGACUUGCAGGGUCUCGUUAUUAUUUGGAAGAAGGGGAAUAUGUCUCAAUAAUUUUGCUAAAAAUUACUUUAAGCCGAUGCUUUCUAAUGUUACGUAUACAUACAUUUUUAUUCUUU